AGAUGGUAUUGUAAAUAACCAAGGCAGUGCUGACGAUUGUGGAUGUUGCGCAGCUCUCCUUAGACCGGCAUGGGUGCAACUGACACUUAACAAGACUUGUAUUGUGGAAAAGAUUGUAGUUCUGGGACGUGCAGAUGAAGAAUCCACUCAGUUGUUCAACCUCACACUUUCACUGGGAAGACAUAAGAAGUCACUUCAGGACGAAGCGCUCAUUUUGCAAAAUCGGUCUUAUGCGAUGAAAGUACUGGCUUCUCCAAGGGAACUAGAUGCUGUUCGAGUUUCGGGUGGCACGGGACAAAACAUCGAUACCUAUAUGACUAUAUGCGAGAUUAUGCUAUACCGACAAGCAGACUGUCUACCCGGAAAGUACGGUGUAAACUGUUCUAAAGAGUGUCAUUGUCUUUCGGGACCAUGUGAAAGUGUCACGGGAACAUGCAUGCCCGCUUUAUGCAAAGACGGCUGGAGAGGACCCACCUGUAAUAAAACUUGCGAUCCUGGGUACUUUGGCAAGAACUGCUCCUCUGCUUGUCAUUGUUACAACGGUUCAAGCUGUCACCGUGUGUCUGGCCACUGUCCUGAUGGUCAGUGUGAACCUGGCUGGACUCAAAGUAACUGCAGCGUAGCCUGCAAACCUGGCUUCUACGGACAAAGUUGCUCUAUGGACUGUCACUGCGACAUGUGCCAUCACGUCAAUGGAUCAUGCGGCAUGUCUCCUCAAUGUCACGAUGGGUACAGAAUGGAAAAUGGUUUCUGUAAACAGCUUCCAGAGUGCCAUUGUGACAGGUAUUAUAACGCCUUAUUAGCUGUGUCUUCGGCCCUUGCAGUUGUGGUUGCGGCUGUAAUAGUAGUUAUUGUGGUUUACAGCAUUCGAAAACAUCGACAAUCUGCUGGAGGAACGCGUUCUAAGAGAGAAUCGUCUGCUCAAGAAAUGUACGACGACUUGAAACGAAAGUCAACAAACCUUAACUAUGACUGCCUUCAAAUGUCAAACGGUCAGCGAAAAAAUGCCGAAAAGAGUGGGAGCGAGGACGCAACACCAACCCUGUAUGAGACCGCUACGGAUGUCAAAAGCAUGAGACCGCCACGGAUGUCAAAAGCACCUGAUAAGGAGCCGUCAUAUUGCAUAGUGCCUUUCAUGUUGUGGAACAACUGGAUAACGCUACGGAGUCUUGGUGGGCAGCCAAUCUUUGCCAGGACGAUGAAUAGUCAAUCCCUGCUGAAAAAGUCGUUUGCUUUGGUAAGGUCUAAGAAGGCGAGGAAGAGGGGCUUGUGUUACUCUCUGUACUAUUACUACAGUUGCCUGAUAGAGAAGUUCAUAUCUAUGGUUGAUCUCUCUGAGCAGAGCGCGCACAUCGACUCUGGAAACAUAUUAGAAAGCUUAUAUCUGUAUGCUUGCAUGUUCCUCUGGCUGAGGGAGCGCUUGUAUUCCAAGUCGGUUCUUAGGCGUUAUUCUAGGGCUAGGGAAUGUGGAGGACGAAGCUGGAUUGACCUCUCCAGCGCGCAAGUCUGGCCAAGAUGGUAUGGAGGGUCAGGUGUUGCCCAUGCAGAAGACCACCUUACUGCACGUAAGCUGACAAGGUCAGACCGCCUUAGGGACUCCGGCUACGGAUAA